AUGGACUUCUUUGCGACAGGCGGAUUCCAGCAGCUUUACAGCGACUUGGACGAGGAGCCGCUGGCCGGCGGCGAUGCGCUGCUCAAUAAUGCCGCCAGUGUCGUGGACUUUGAGUGCCCCUAUGCCAUCGAUAACAUGGAUAAUAACAUGGAUAACCAUCUGGACUUGGAGGAAUCGGAUUACUAUGGCAUCAUCACGCUGGACAGCAAUAAUAACAACAGCAGUGGCAACAACAAUAUUCACGUGGAGCUGCCGUUCACGGAGGAUCCCUCGUUGUUCAUAGACUUCAGUGAUCUGACCGUCUGUCCGCCGGAUUUGAGUGACUGGGAGCAGCGGCUGUUGGACAACUAUGUGGAGAUUCCGGAACUGGUGGACUUUCUGCCUGAGCGGACGCCCCUGUGCACCGAUAACUGUGCGGAUUUUCUGGAGGAGAGCAACAGUAACCUUCGGCUGGCGGCGCCACCGCCUGAUCUUCAGUCGCCCGGCAGUGGUAGUUAUCCCGCCAGUCCCGCGGAUGCCCCAGCCGCCCCUCCUGCCCUCCAGUUGAGCGAGAAUGCCGCCGGCGAAAGGGGCUAUCUGUGCACCUUCGGCAACUGCGAGAAGAUCUAUGCCAAGCCGGCGCACCUGAAGGCCCAUCUGCGGAGGCAUCUGGGCGAGAAGCCCUAUGUCUGCAGCUGGCCGGAGUGCGUCUGGCGGUUCUCCCGAUCCGACGAACUGGCCCGCCACAAGCGCUCCCACUCCGGGGUGAAGCCAUACAAGUGCGACUACUGCUCCAAGUGCUUCGCCAGGUCGGAUCACCUCACCAAGCACCGGAAGGUCCACGAGCGGCGACUGCUGGCCGCCUCCAGAGCGGGCAGACUCAUCUCCGACGACCUCUAUGCCGUGCGACCGGGUCGAAAGCGAAAGAACCAGCUAUAG